AUGAAGCAGGAUUUUGCCCUUAUUGAUGACAGUGUAAACGAUGUACAAAUUUCUCUUGUCGAUAUACAAAUAUCCCAAAUUUUCGGUCGCGUCCCUGAAGACCAGGUGUCCCUGAUAAACCGGAUGUACGCGUGGCCCCACAAGAUCCAGGAGGACUUUCGUCUGGCGGAGGCGAGGCUCUCCCACAAGAGGGACGUGAAGGAGACGGCUCUCAAGGCACGGGUCGCCACCUUCGAAAACACGCUGACCGUGUACCACAAGGAGCUGGAGGACCUGCGCGGCCGAGACAACUUCAUCAUGAAGGAAAUCCGCGUCGACACCAUGAAGAGGAACGUGGAGCUGCUCGACCGCCUCACCACGCAGCUGCAGGACGCCAAGGCCGAGCUGCAGAGACCACGUGUAUGCCUAUUUGUCCCCCACUUUCCAAACUCGAAUUCAGCAAAGGCACGCGAGUUCUCGGAGCACACUUGUGCUCGGAGAUUCUCGGGAGAGAGUUAUGACUCACAGCCGAUUCAAGCAUUCGGCAUUAACGAGGAGCAGAGUCUGCUGAGCUGGGAGAUGACCAAAUUCCCGCUCCUGCAGGCGAUGGUGGCACAGAAGGAGCCGUAUGACAAGCUGUGGCACACCACCUACGAUUUCCACCAGAAGUAUGAGCAGUGGUAUAACGGUCCCUUCGCCGGGCUGGACGCGGAGGCCAUCAACGAGGAGGUGGAGGCCAUGUGGAAGACCAUGUUCAAGCUCACCAAGACGUUCAUGGACCAGGUUGGCUCUCGUCGCGUGGCAGAGUACGUGAAAGAGCGUAUCGAGAAAUUCCGUCUUCACGUGCCGGUCUUGCAGUGCAUUUGCAAUCCCGGCUUGAGAGAGCGCCACUGGGACCAGCUGAGCGAGCACCUGGGGACGGAGCUGAACCUGGCGCCCGAGACGUCCCUGGGAGACAUGAUCGAGGCCGGCCUGCCCUCGGUGCAGAGGAAGCUGGAGGAGAUCAGCCACGCGGCCUCCAAGGAGUUCAGCCUCGAGAAGGCCCUCGAGAAGAUGAAGGGCGAGUGGGCCAACGUCGUGUUCGAGUUCAAGCCCUGGAGGGAGACGGGCGUGAGCAUCCUGGCCGCCGUGGACGACAUCCAGGUGCUGCUGGACGAGCACACGCAGAAGGUGCAGACGAUGCGCGGCUCGCCCUACGUCAAGCCCUUCGAGGCCGAGAUCCGCGCGUGGGAGGAGAAGCUGCUGUCCAUGCAGGACAUCCUCGACGCCUGGAUCAAGUGCCAAGUGACGUGGCUGUACCUGGAGCCGAUCUUCUCGUCCGAAGACAUCAUGAAACAGAUGCCUGUGGAAGGGCGCAAGUUCACCCGCGUCGACGCCACCUGGAGGGAGCUCAUGGGCACGGCGGUGAAGGACCCUCACGCCCUCGUCGCCACGGAGCAGCCGAACAUGUUGCCGAGAUUGCACGAAUGCAACCGCUUGCUGGAGGAGAUACAAAAAGGACUCAAUGAUUACUUGGAGAAAAAGCGCCUGUUCUUCCCAAGAUUCUUCUUCCUGUCCAACGACGAGCUGCUGGAGAUCCUGUCCGAGACGAAGGACCCCCAGCGCGUGCAGCCUCACCUCAAGAAGUGCUUCGAGGGCAUCAGUUCCCUGCACUUCUCGCCGCAGCAGGAGAUCGAGGGCAUGAUCUCCGCAGAAGGGGAGCUCGUCCAGUUCAGCAACCGGGUCAUUCCUGCCAAAGCGCGGGUGAGGAAGAGGAAUGGCCUGGUGGAGAGGUGGCUGGUGGAGGUGCAGGAGAUGAUGGUCCAGAGCGUGCAGGACGUGACCAUCCGCGCCGUCGAGAACCACCCACUCUCGGCCCACCAGCAGUGGAUCACGCAGUGGCCCUCGCAGGUGGUGCUCACGGUGGCGCAGAUCGUGUGGACGAGCGAGAUCACCAACCUGCUUCCCAAGGGAGGGCUCAAGGGUUACUUGGACGUGUGCAACACCCGCGUGGACGAAGUCGUGGCCAUGGUGCGCGGGAAGCUCGAACACGGCACUCGCCUCACGCUCGGCUCGCUCAUCGUUACCUACGUCCAUGGGCGCGACGUCGUCCAGGAGCUGAUCAGGAAAAACGUUUCGUGCGACAAGGACUUCUCGUGGGUGGCUCAGCUGCGGUACUACUGGGUUAACGAACUCGUGCAGGUGGACAUGAUCACGACGCGCCUCCAGUACGGCUACGAGUACCUGGGCAACACCUCCAGGCUGGUCGUCACUCCCCUCACCGAGCGCUGUUUCAGGACUCUCAUGGGCGCCCUCAACAUGCACCUGGGCGGAGCUCCUGAAGGCCCGGCGGGCACGGGCAAGACGGAGACGUGCAAGGACCUGGCCAAAGCAGUGGCCAAGCAGUGCAUCAUUUUCAACUGCUCGGAAGGAUUGGACUACAAGGCAAUGGCCAAGUUCUUCAAGGGUCUGGCGCAGAGCGGGGCGUGGGCGUGCUUCGACGAGUUCAACCGCAUGGAGCUGGAGGUGCUGUCCGUGGUGGGCCAGCAGAUCCUGACCAUCCAGGCAGCCGUGGCCAGGAGGGCGCAGCGCUUCAUCUUCGAGGGCGUCGACCUCGUGCUCAACAGGACGUGCAACAUCUUCAUUACGAUGAAUCCCUCUUACAUGGGGCGUCGCGAGCUGCCUGACAACCUGAAGGUGCUCUUCCGGACGGUGGCCAUGAUGGUGCCGGAUUACGUCCUCAUCGCCAAGAUCUCGCUCUUCUCCUUGGGCUUCGUGCAGGCCGACAGUCUAGCGAGGAAGAUCAUAGACACGUACAGGCUUUGCUCGGAACAGCUGUCGUCUCAGCAUCACUACGACUACGGCAUGAGGGCGGUCAAGGCCGUGUUGCUGGCAGCUGCGAACCUCAAGCUGCUUAUGCCUGACCUGCCGGAGUCCCAGGUCGUCCUCAGGGCCAUUCAGGAUGUCAAUCUCCCGAAAUUCCUUGCUCAGGAUAUCCCUCUGUUCGAAGGCAUUGUACAGGACUUGUUUCCCUCUGAGAAGGACGGCGAGAUCACGACGGAUCCAGCGCUGGAGGCUGCGCUCAAGAACACCUUGGCGGAGAAUAACUUACAGGACGUCCCUUACUUCCGCGAGAAGAUGAUCCAGCUGUUCAACAUGAUCCUCGUCCGCCACGGGGUCAUGAUCGUGGGAGAGCCUCUGAGUGGCAAGACGAAGGUGUACCAGGUAAGUUUGGAUUAUAUUGGCGACUUAGAAACUUCGAAGAUGGGCGACGAACGCGGCGUCCAGUUCAAGAUUAUCAACCCUAAGGCCCUCACGCUCGGGCAGCUGUACGGGGCAUAUGACCCCUUUUCCCACGAAUGGUCGGACGGCGUGCUGGCGAAGACCUUCCGCGAGAUGGCGACGUCGAACUCGGAGGAGAGGCGGUGGCUGGUGCUGGACGGGCCGGUGGACGGCGCGUGGGUCGAGAACCUCAACACGGUGCUGGACGACAACAAGAAGCUGUGCCUCAUGUCGGGAGAGAUCAUACAGAUGCCGGGCAGGAUGAGCGUGAUGUUCGAGACCUCCGACCUGGAGCAGGCGUCGCCGGCGACCGUGUCUCGCUGUGGAAUGAUCUACAUGGAGAACAAGCAGCUGGGCUGGAGGCCGCUCAAGGACUCGUACUUGGCGGCCCUCCCCGUGGCGGUGACGGAUCCCGUGAAGGAGAUGGUGAACGAGGUCCUGGAGUGGCUGCUGCCUCCCGUCUACGACUUCGUGAGGAAGAAGUGCAAGUUUAUGAUCCACACUUCAGAGCUUCAUUUGUUUCAGUCCUUCUCCCACCUCCUGGACUCCCUGCUCGACGAGGUCCGAGAAGCCGGGAAGCCCCUUGGACCCAAAAUCUCGGAGGACAAGAUGACGACGCUCCUGCAGUCUCUCAUCGUCUUCACUAUCCCGUGGACCAUCGGCUCCACCAUCACAGGCACGAGUCGACGCCUGUUCGACCAGUACUUCCGGAGCCUGGUGCUCGGCCGCUACGAUCGCUUCGCCAAGCCGGAGUGCUUUAAGCUGACGAAAGGCGGUCUCGUGUAUGACUAUCUGUACGAGCGAGAGACACAGCGCUGGGUGCCCUGGUAUGAUACCAUUGAUAAGGAGAGACUCGUUAUUCCUCCCGACGCUAAGGUCUCGACGCUCCUGAUCCCGACGGCGGAGACAGCGCGCCUUGAGUUCUUCCUGAGGACCUGCUUGGACCAUGAUGUUCCCCUGCUGGUGCUGGGUCCCUCGGGCACGGGCAAGAGCGCCUCCACCACGAGCCUGCUGGUGGAUCUCCCGAAGGACAAGUUCAUCGUCAACAUCGUCAAUUUCUCGGCCAGGACGUCUGCCAGCCAGGCGCAGGAUAUCAUCAUGUCCAAAGUAGACAGGCGGAGGAAGGGCGUGUUCGGGCCGGCCAUGGGCAGGAAGUACGUGGUGUUCAUCGACGACGUGAACAUGCCGCAGAAGGAGCCGUACGGCGCGCAGCCUCCGAUCGAGUUCCUGCGGCAGUGGCUCGACCACAAGCACUUCUACGACAAGAAGGACACGUCCAAGAUUGAGCUCGUGGAUUCGUUAUUCGUGGGCGCCAUGGGUCUCCCGAGCUCCGGCCGCAACACCAUCUGCGGGAGGUUCACGCGGCAUCUCAACGUGAUCUGCAUCGACGAGUUCGACGACGCGACGCUCAACAAGAUCUACGGCUCAAUCGUCAAGUGGCACUUCUCGCAGCACGAGGACGCGGCCAUGCAGAGCCUCGACAAGGCCGUGGUGGAGGCGACGCGGCAGGUGUACAAGCGCACCACCGCGACCUUCCUGCCGACGCCCGCCAAGAGCCACUACGUCUUCAACCUCCGCGACUUCUCCCGCGUCGUCUCGGGCAUCCUCCUCGUGCCCAACAGCGCCCUCAGUUCCUCGGAGAAGCUGGUGCGACUCUGGCUCCACGAAGUCUACAGGGUCUUCCACGACAGACUCUGCGACGACGAGGAUCGACAAAAAUUCCUGGGCAUCGUGCGCGAGGUGGCGGAGUCGGUGUUCGGACAGAAGCUGAGACACGUGUUGGGCCACAUCGUCACCGAAGGGGAAGUCGAGGUCACGCCCGAACACCUCAGCCGCCUUAUCUUCGGAGAUUUCAUGAUUCCUGACGCUGAGACGAAGACUUAUGACGAGAUCCAGAGCAUGAGCGACCUGACCCAGAUGACGGAGAACUACCUGGAGGAGCACAACACCGUCAGCAAGUCGAGCAUGUCCCUGGUCAUGUUUCACUACGUGAUCCAGCACGUGGCGCGCCUCAGCAGGAUCCUGAAGCAGGACUCUGGCCACGCGCUCCUCAUCGGCUUCGCGGGGUCGGGCCGGCAGAGCGCGACGAAGCUGGCCACGUUCAUGGCCAAUUACGAUCUGUUCCAGAUCAAGGCGACGAAGGGCUACGGCGUGGCGGAGUGGCGCGAGGACAUCAAGCGCGCCCUCAUGAAGGCGGGCGGCGAGGGGCGUCCCACCGUGUUCCUCCUGACGGACACCCAGAUCAAGGACGAGGCCUUCGUCGAGGACGUGAACACCCUCCUCAACACGGGGGACUUGCCGAACCUCUAUUCGAACGAGGAGAAGGCGGAGAUCCUCGAGAAGAUCCAGCUGGUGGCGAAGGAGGAGGGCAAGAAAAUGGACGCCUCGCCGCUCACUCUCUACGGAUACUUCAUCGACCGCGUCCGAUCCAACCUGCACCUGGUUCUGGCGGUCUCCCCCGUCGGCGACACCUUCAGGACGAGGCUCAGGACCUUCCCGUCGCUCAUCAACUGCUGCACCACCGAUUGGUUCACCCCUUGGCCCGAGGAUGCCCUGGAGCGCGUAGCCAACAGCCUCCUGCAGGACGCCCAGCUGGAGCCUUCCCUUCUGCAGCGCUGUGUCGACGCCUGCAAGUUCUUCCACCACACCAUGGACGUUCUUGGGGCUAGAUACUACGAGGAGCUUCGGCGCUGGUGCUACGUCACGCCCACGUCGUACCUCGAGCUCGUCCUCACCUUCAGGCAGCUCCUCCUCAAGAAACGCUCGGAGAUCCUCAUGCUCAGGGACAGAUACGUAACGGGCUUAGAGAAGCUGAAAGAAGCCAAGCUCUUGAUCACGGAGCUGCAGGAGGAGCUGAAGAUGCUGCAGCCCCGCCUGGUGGAGACCUCGGCCAACACGGAGGCGCUCAUGAUCAAGAUCGAGCAGGACACCAUCCAGGUCGAGAGGAAGAAGGAGCUGGUGGCGGCGGACGAGGCGGUGGCCAACAGGAAGUUCGCCGACGCGCAGGCCAUCAAGGACGACUGCGAGAAGGAGCUGGCCAAGGCCGUGCCCGCCCUCAACGCCGCCACGGACGCCCUCAACACCCUCAAGCAGGACGACAUCCGCGUGGUGAAGGCCAUGAAGAACCCGCCGUCGGGAGUCAAGCUGGUGAUGGAGGCCGUGUGCGUGAUGCUGGAGGUGAAGCCAGAGCGGAAGCCGGACGCCACAGGAUCCGGCAAGAUGGCAGAGGACUUCUGGGCUCCUUCGCAGAAACUCCUCGGGGACAUGAAGUUCCUGCAGAAUCUCCUGCAGUAUGAUAAGGAGAACAUCCCCACCAAGAUCAUCUCGGUUGUCAGGACCAAAUUCUACUCCCACCCCGACUUCGACCCCAAGAAGAUCCGCAUGGUGUCGAUGGCGUGCGAGGGCCUCUGCCGCUGGGUGCGCGCCAUGGUGGUGUACGACCAGGUCAUCAAGAUCGUGGCCCCCAAGAAGCAGGCUCUGGAGGCCGCCAACUACGAACUGGCGCUGCAGAACGAGAAGCUGGAGGAGAAGAGGAAGGAGCUGAGGGAGGUCACAGACAAGCUCCAGGCCCUCAACGACGAAUUCACCAAGAAGCAGAAGGAGAAGAAGGACCUCGAAGACUCCAUCGUCAGGUGCGAGCAGAAGCGAGACCGGUCCGAGAGGCUCAUCGGCGGCCUCGGAGGAGAGCGAGACAGGUGGAGCGACGCCGCCCAACAGCUGAGUGAGAGUUUGGAGAAUGUUGUUGGCGACGUGCUGAUUGCCGCCGCCGUCGUGUCCUACCUGGGGGUAUUCACCGUCGAUUACAGGGAGGAAUGCCUAGACAAGUGGCACCGCAAAUGUCAGGAACUCGGGAUCUCCUGCAGUGCCAAGUUCUGCCUGUAUGACACCCUGGGGGACGCCGUGCAGAGCAGGACGUGGCAGCUGGCCGGCCUCCCCGUCGACGCCUUCUCGGUCGACAACGGCAUCAUCGUCGCUCACUCACGCCGCUGGCCGCUCAUGAUAGACCCACAGGGCCAGGCCAACAAGUGGAUCGUGAGCAUGGAGAAGGAGAACAAACUGCUUGUGGUGAAGCAGACAGACCCGACGUUCCUGCAGGUGGUGGAGGAGGCGCUGCAGAAGGGUUUCCCGCUGCUUAUCGAGGGCAUAGGGGAGACGCUGGAUCCUGUGUUAGACAACGUGUUGCUGAAACGGACCUUCAAGCAAAACGGGGUCGAGCACGUCGUCCUCGGCGACCACUCCGUCGAGUACCACAAGGACUUCCGCCUCUACGUCACCACGCGCCUCGCCAACCCACACUUCCUGCCCCAAGUCACCAAUAAGGUCGUCCUCCUCAACUUCCUAAUCACGCGCCUGGGCUUAGAGAACCAGCUGUUGGGGCUGGUGGUGGCGCACGAGAGACCGCAGCUGGAAGAGCGCAAGAACCGGCUGCUGGUGGAGUCGGCGCACAACCGGAGGGCGCUGCAGAAGACGCAGGAGAAGAUCCUCGAAGUGCUGUCCACCGCCGGCCAGAAUUUGCUGGAGGACGAAAAAGCUAUCGAUAUCAUGUCUUCUAGUCGGGUCCUGUCAGAAGAGAUCUCGGCGAAGGAGGAGAUUGUUCAGCAGACGGAGCUCGAGAUUGACGGCGCUCGGUCUGCCUACCAACCUGUGGCCACGCACGCCUCCGUCCUGUUCUUCUGCGUGUCCGACAUGGCAGCUAUAGAACCCAUGUACCAGUACUCUCUGGGUUGGUUCGUUAAUCUCUAUCUGCAGUCCAUCAGAACUUCAGCCACCAGCGAGGACGUCGAGUCGAGGAUCACGCUGCUGAACACCCAUUUGACGAGGGCCGUCUUCCUCUCCGUCACGCGGUCCUUGUUCGAGAAAGACAAACUCCUCUUCUCGUUCAUGCUGUGUGUGAGGAUCCAGCAGGCGGAGAAUAAAAUGGCUGAGGACGUGUGGAAAUUCUUACUGCGAGGAGGCAGAGGCUUGCUAAUGAACCCCCAGGGGGCACCGCCUGCGCCCUGGAUCACGCAGAAGGCCUGGGCGCAGUUGUUCCAGGCAGGGCAGUGUGAAAGUCUGUCGGGCGUGCAUGACCACAUAGCCGAGCAAUCGUGUGCGUGGGAGGAAGUGUACAACUCCCCUGCGCCACAUCGAGCUCCUCUGCCCGCGCCCUUCCACGAGCUCCAGGGACUUCCGAGGGUUGCUCUUGUCAAGUGUCUGCGCCCGGAUAAAGUGACGCUAGCUAUCCAGGACCUCAUCGCGAACCAGCUGGGCGAGGAGUACCUGUCGCCGCCUCCCUUCAGCAUUUCGUCGUCCUAUGAUGACUCGACCUGCCAGACGCCGCUCAUCUUCCUCCUCUCGCCAGGCACCGACCCGCUCACUGCACUCUACAGGUCGCUGGGGGAGGCUUUGUUUAAAAAAAAACAUACAAACGCCCUUCUCCUCCCCCCCCCCUCCCUUCAGGGCGCAGUGGCAGAAGGCGUCAUCCAGAGCGGGGCUGAGCUGGGCUGGUGGGUCGUGCUGCAGAACUGUCAUCUCGCCGACUCGUGGAUGCUGCGUCUCGAGAUGAUCUGCGCCAGCAUCCUCACCGCGGAAUCCACUCAUCCGAGCUUCCGUCUGUGGCUCACGAGUUAUCCGUCGCCGUCCUUCCCUCUCUCGCUGCUCCAGGAAGGCAUCAAGAUGACCAACGAACCGCCUCGAAGCCUCCGCGCCAACCUCCUUAAGUCGUACCACAGCGACCCCAUUAACGACCCAGCGUUCUUCGAGUCGUGCCCCAAGCAGCAGCAGUUUCACCGUCUGCUGUUCGGCCUCUGCUUCUUCCACGCGCUCAUCCAGGAACGCAGGAAGUUCGGGCCCCUCGGCUGGAACGUCCCGUACGAGUUUAAUGAGUCCGACCUGAGGAUCAGUGUGAGGCAGCUGCAGGUGAGGAACGGCUACAAGAUCAGCGCCCUGACGUACCUGACGGGCGAGUGCAACUACGGCGGCCGCGUCACCGACUCCCGGGACCGCCGCCUGCUCGUCUGCCUCCUCGCCAGCUUCUACAACCAGGAGAUCAUCGACGAAGAGGACUACAAGAUCAGCGCCCUGGACGAGUACCGCGUCCCGCCGGCGGGGAGCUGGCAGGACUACGUGGACCACGUGACGCGCCUUCCCCUGUCGGCGCCGCCGGCGGUCUUCGGCCUGCACGAGAACGCUGACCUCGCCAAGGACCACCGGGAGACGGACCAGCUGUUCCGCGGCGUGCUGAGCCUGGAGCCGCACCUGAGCGGGCCUGCGGGCGGCGACGCGGCGGCCACGGUGCUGGACCUGGCGUGCGAGAUCCUGUCGCGCCUGCCGCCGCAGUUCGACCUGGCCCUCGCCGAGCGCAGGCACCCGCUCUGCUACAGGCAGUCGCUCAACACCGUGCUCAAGCAGGAACUCCUCCGCUACAACCGGCUGCUGUCGACGUUGAAGAGCACGCUGAAGGCCGUGAAGAAGGCGGUGAGCGGGGAGAGCCUGAUGUCGGACGCGGUGGAGGCCACGUACCGCUCCCUGGCGCUGGGCCUCAUCCCCGCCGCCUGGGAGGCUCGCUCCUACCCCUCCAGGAAGGGCAUCGCGCCCUACGUCAGUAACUUGCUGCACAGACUGAAAUUCUUCCGGCGGUGGAUAGAGGAAGCCAUACCUGAUAUCUUCUGGUUUUCGGGCCUCUUCUUCCCCUAUACCUUCAUGACGGCGAUACGGCAGAACUACGCCAGGAAACAUAAAAUCCCCAUCGAUAGAAUUCACUUCCAGUUUAAGGUGAUGGACAAAGAGGUGGGCGACAUCCUGGGCGAGUGCAUCCGGCCGAACUUCGUGGAGCUGCCAGAAGUGAUCGAGCAGCUGCCAACGCCGGCGCUGAGGGGCCUUUGUCAGCCUCCGGACACCGACCGGGAAGACGAAUCGCUCCCCGAGAGCAAGGAGGCGCAGCAGGCGGACGACGCGCAGGAGGGCGAGGGCGAGGAGGAAGGCCAGGAGGACGCGAAGGACGCCGGCCAAGAGGACGAGAAAGAGGACGACGUGAUUUACCAGGUCAUUCCUCGACAGGCGGACGAAGGAAUGUAUACAUGGGGCUUCUUCCUGGAGGGCGCGCGCUGGGACCGAGAGCAGCGCUGCCUGGUCGACAUGGUACCCAAGCAGCUUCACGACCAGCUGCCCAUCAUCCUCUUCCAGCCCGCGCCCAUGCCCGAGGAGGACGAGGGAGGACCUGCCGCUGCCGAGGAGGAGGUCCCUGGCAUGUACCGCUGCCCCGUGUACCGCACCAGCGACCGCAGCGGCACCAUCUCCACCACAGGGCACUCCUCCAACUACAUCCUGGAUCUCAUCCUCCCGUCACAGCUCCCGCAGUCCUACUGGGUCGCUCGGGGGGCCGCCGCCCUCACGCAGCUCGACGACUGA